AUGAACACGGCCUGCAGAGCGAAUACAGAAUUGCCACAAUGUAUCACGAACUCGUUCGACACGAAUUCACUCAAGAUUCGUAAGGGUGGUUUAUCCAAAGGGUUGUUGCCUUUCUUUUCCAAUAAUUGCAUGAAAGGAGUGACAAAAAGUAUCGUACUUUCGACUUCAAGAAAUACUAAAGGCCAUGUGAAGACGGCUGGGGAGGACAAGGGCGAGGCACUUACGUAUAAAGAUUCAGGUGUUGACAUUGAUGCUGGUUCAGAACUUGUUAGGAGGAUUGCCAAAAUGGCUCCUGGAAUUGGAGGUUUUGGAGGGCUCUUUCCUUUAGGAGAUUCCUACCUAGUCGCUGGUACUGAUGGAGUUGGGACCAAACUUAAGCUUGCUUUUGAAACUGGAAUCCACGAUACUAUCGGCAUUGAUUUGGUUGCAAUGAGCGUUAAUGACAUUGUGACUUCUGGGGCAAAGCCUCUGUUUUUCCUUGAUUACUUUGCCACGAGCCGUCUAGACGUUGAUCUUGCAGAAAAGGUUAUCAAGGGCAUAGUUGAUGGUUGCCAACAAUCUGAUUGUGUACUUCUAGGAGGAGAGACUGCAGAGAUGCCCGACUUUUACGCGGAAGGCGAGUAUGAUCUGAGCGGUUUUGCUGUCGGCAUCGUGGAAAAGGAUUCAGUCAUCGACGGAAAAGACAUAGGGGUAGGGGAUAUCCUUAUCGGUCUUCCAUCCAGUGGGGUCCACUCAAACGGGUUUUCUCUUGUCAGAAGGGUUCUAGAACGAAGUGGCCUCUCUUUGAAAGAAAAUCUACCCGGUACGAAUGUAAACCUAGGCCAAGCUCUAAUGGCACCCACGGCUAUAUACGUUGAGCAGGUUCUUGAUAUCAUUAGCGAGGGUGGCGUGAAAGGGAUUGCUCACAUCACGGGCGGUGGUUUUACGGAUAAUAUACCGCGUGUGUUACCAAAGGGCCUUGGAGCCCUCAUAUACAAGAACUCGUGGACCGUGCCCCCACUAUUCAAAUGGAUCCAAAAGGCUGGAAAAAUAGAAGAUGCGGAGAUGAGACGAACUUUUAAUAUGGGGAUUGGGAUGGUGCUGGUGAUGGAGAAAGAUGCCGCGUUUCAAACUAUUUGUUCCAAAAAAUCAGUAUUCUGUUUAGGCCAGGUUAUAAGUGGCGAGGGUGUGUGUUAUCAGUAA